AUGCACCCGCGGGGCUUAACCGCCCCAGAGAAUAGUUACGCACGCCUCAAACUUAAGCACAAAACCGUGUCACACAUGGCAUCCGGGAAACUCCCUGAAGUUCCUAACUUAAACAAUAAGGGCCCAUGUCUCAAACUCAGACAGGAGCUAUGUCCCCAACUCGGACAGGAGCUAUGUCACACAAUAGGACUCCCCGAAGUUUCACAAAAGAAGUAUCACCCCACAGCUGGUAAACCGCCCCAGAACGAUGCGAAGCGGUUGCAACGUAAGGAUCGAAACGCGCCGCAGAUCCGCACAGCGCUAGGACUAACCGCUAAGCCGCCCCAGCGACAGAAGUCCAAAGGGCGUCUCUCCUCUUCAAGCGUGCUUCCCCAACGAGGGAAAAGGAAGAGGAAGCACAGACAAUAA